AUGGCGGCUCUGCUGGUGGUCUUGUCUCCGCUGCCGCGGCUUCGCGGUCUCCUUCAGCGCUGCUGGGGGCGGCUGGAGCGCGGCCUCUUGCCGGGUUUCUCCGGGGGCCAGAGCCCGCCCUGGGGACCCGCGCUAGCUGUCCAAGCUCCAGCUUUUCUUCCAGAGCCAGUAAGCGACACUAGAGAAAGUAAUGAGGCACCCAGCCUCUUAGAUAGCAUCUUGUGGAUGGCAGCACCAAAGAAAAGGCGCACCAUUGAAGUGAACCGCUGCAGGCGAAGAAAUCCCAAUAAGCUUAUAAAAGUAAAGAGGAACAUAGAUGUUUGCCCUGAGUGUGGAAACUUGAAACAGAAGCAUGUCCUUUGUGGCUAUUGUUAUGCGAAGGUCAAAGCAGAAACUCGACUGAUACGGAUGGAAAUACAUAAAAAGGAGGGAGGACCAUUUAAUGCUCCUACUGUAGAGACUGUCGUCCUUUAUGAUGGAGAAAAGCCCACAGAAAAAGAUGAAGGCAAGCGGAUCAUUGAAAGAGCCAGGAAGCGUCCGUCUUGGUUUGUUCAAAAUUAAUGCUAUAGAACUAAUGCUAACAAAAACAGCUGCUACAGCAAGAAAGAUCAUGUUUUUCAAGAAUGUUUUCCUGAUUUUGUUCACUCAAUAUUGAUAUGGAAAACCUAUGAACUUUUGGGAAUCCUGCUUGAAUCAUGUGUCAUGCCAUAUGGUGUUGCAGUCAGGUGUUGUUUCUAUAGCAUACAGUGGGAAAUGCUUGUCAGUGAUACAUCACAGCAGACAACAAUUAAAGAGAAAUCAGGAUCUACCUUGGGUUUGGACAUCUGUGUACAGUACACUGAAUAAUUUGUAUGUUAAUGUUCUAUGCUGGUUUUGUAAAUAACAUUUUUUUUUAACAAAGGGAAGACAUUCACAGAUGUAAAAUAAAGUAUGUUAAGUUUCCUAGGGAAAUCUGCUUUCUGUUUUUGGCUGCUGCUGUUUUGGAGAAAAAAAAACCUCAACCAACCAAACAAAAAACCCUCACUUUGAAAACCAAUGUUGAUUAGAUACAAAGGAUAUUUACAAGGAAAGACAUACAGUUAUCUGGUUAUUUCCAUGGCUCUUAACAGAAUCUGCCUGGAUCUCUCCACAGUGCUGCUGUUUGAGAUACUCAGUGAUAUUCCUGUUUUUGAACUAACUAGUGGUUGCCAUGAAGUAUUUGCACUUUUUCUG